UGCGGUCGCUUUUUUGCUGGUCGCGGUGGUUGUGUCGGCCAUAAGGGUCCAUUUCCAAUGUUCCGCUGGUGCGAAACGAGGAAACACGAAACGUCGUAAUGGCGAGUGCGUCCGUCGUCACAUAUUUGAUAUCGCGAUAAAUUUGGGCGUUCGUGCUCGCAGUAACCAUCGUCCUGGUGUAGCGUGCGCGUCGCGGUAGUUUCUUGGACUCCUGGUGCGUCGUGCGACAUGCUAAAUGUGCGUGAUUAAGCGCCGCGAAGAUUCGGAGCUGCGGGUGCACUGUGUCAGUGAUUCACUUCUUGGACAUGGGAGUGAACAAUACAAAUAAUAGAUGAUAAUAGGGACCCUUGAGUAUACGCCAGCAGCUCGUCAAGGUCCUGUAGUUUAUAUAGAGCACCCUGGAGAAGGGGUUGGAUUUAAGAGUGACUAGGACGCAUCGUCUGGACGAAUAAUAAAUAUACAUCUAGAGCAUACAUAUAUACACAUUCCUGUGGCAUCUGUAGAAUAUGAAAUCUGUUCGAUUAUGAAGGUAACCGUGUGCUUCGAUAACGUCAGGGUAGUGGUUCCCUGUGGAGAUGGAACCCUUCUUGUUAAGGACUUGAUGCACGAGGCUAUUUUACGAUACAAGAAAGCCACUGGCAAGAGUGACACCACUCUUGUUAUUAACAGUUUGUCUUCACUGACUGGUGGGGGUUUGUUGGAUCCUGACGACAGACUAUGCGAUGUAGCUGAUGAUAGGGAACAGAUUGUUGCUCAUUUUGUGAGCAAUGACGUUUCCCAUGCCGGUGGUGAUGGGGCAAGCUCUGUUGGAACUAAUAGUCCAGAUUUCUUUCAUGCUGAGAAUAAGGAGCAGCACUACAAUGUUGAUACACAGAAUGCCAUUCCUAUCAGUCAUAUUAAGAGAGAGAGCACCAAAAGGCUGUCCAUGCAUGCAUUGUCCAGUAGGGAACCAUGUCUCGCCACUUAUUCUGCACAGUCUCUUCCAAGGGAAUCUAGACGCAAGGAACCUUUGGGACAGGAUGCCAAGGCUCAAUAUGAUUUUUCUAAUUCCAAGGCUGAUUCAAGUGAUCAAGGAGACAUAAGAGAAAUUGUUAUUAAGAAUGAAGCUGGUCCUUUGGGGCUACACGUUGUGCCGUGCUAUGAUUUACUGGGUAAUGAUCAAGGGCUCAGAGUUGAAGGAAUCGAGCCUAAUGGCAGGAUUGCCAAAGAUGGUCAGAUUGAUCUUCAUGAUAAGAUCAUCAAAAUAAAUGGACAUAAUUUGCUACAUAUACCUUUUUCAAAAGUCCAGGAGAUAUUCAGGACUUGCAUGAGCGAGCCAUGCUUGCGGAUAUCAGUACUUAAGCACAAGAAGACACGCAGCGAGCGUUUAUCCAAACAUUCCUUAAAAAGUAUUGCUAAUGUCAGUAGUGGUGAGAAGGGUGAAGCGGAUGAAAAUAUUAAGAAGCUACAGUGUAGUAAUUACAAUCUAUUGCAAACAGCGAAUACCAGAAAAAUUGGAAGAAGAAUUGAAAUAGAACUGACAAAGGGAACCAAUGGAUUAGGCUUCAGUGUUACCACUAGAGAUAAUCCAGCAGGAGGUCACUGUCCAAUUUAUAUAAAAAACAUUCUGCCAAAAGGCGCUGCUGUAGAAGACGGUCGCUUAAGGCCCGGGGACAGACUGCUUGAAGUGAAUAAAAUGGAGAUGACUGGGAAAAGUCAAGCUGAAGUAGUCUCAUUGCUUAGAAGCAUUUCACCAGGUGGUAAAGUAAGGAUGGUCGUGUCCCGUCAAGAAGAGGUGCCUUCAAACACAUCAGACUCACACAUCACAGUACCAUGUAACACACAAGACUCAUCAGAGAACUUAAGAUAUUGGAGUGGUUCGCAUCGAUCACCAACAAAAAAGAGUACUGAAGCUCUAGAGAAGAUCGACAACCACUCUUAUGAAAAAGGCAGCUUUAAGUCCGUCAAGUCUUCAGAGGAUAUAGUACUAUCACCAAGAAAGAAUCGCAUGAUUCUAACCUUAGAUAUACCGGUGCAUGACUCUGAGAAGGCUGGUCUGGGGGUUAGUGUAAAAGGUAAAACAAGUACCACCGAUGACAACACCAAUAUGGAUUUGGGUAUAUUUAUAAAGAGUGUUCUUCAUGGCGGGGCAGCUUCAAGGGAUGGUCGUCUCAGAACCAACGAUCAACUUCUCAAUGUCAAUGGUGUGUCCUUAUUAGGAUUGUCAAAUUCUGAUGCAAUGGAAACACUAAGACGUGCUAUGCUCAAUACAAAUAGCUCUGUCACCGGUGUCAUAACUCUGACAAUAGCCAGAAGAGUUUCAUCCUAUGACAGCUGCGACAAGAGUUUUGUCGACAAUGUGCCUUCCCACUGCAAGCUCGAGUCAGCAAACAGUGUAUACAUAUCAGACUGUACAAAACAGAGUGAGGGUCGUGUCAAGGAGAAGAACAACCUGAACUCACAAACUGAUAUUCUGGACAACGGGUCUCUGCUCUCUUCAGCAAGCGCAUCCCCGUGGAACCCAGUAAUAGACAGACUAACAGAACAGUACAAUAAGAAUAGCCUACGAAAUGAAAGUUACUGUCUAGCCACGAACAAGACCUGGCUGGAGCCAGUGAGAAGCAUCAAGAAACUAAGUCUAGGUCAGAACGACGACCACCUGGACUCCGUAUUCCUGGAGGAGUCCUCGAGUAACGAAAAGACUCAGAAUAGCGACACCAAGAAAAGUUCCGAAGACAAAGACAGCCAGUACUCCGGGGAUCCCACCUAUGACAGCCAACUAUCCCUGGAGGAGUUCAGCCCGUCCGCCAACAAGUUCUCACGCGAUGCCCUGGGUCGACAGAGCAUGUCCGAGAAACGUCACGCCGCCCUGGACGCCAAGAACACAGACACCUAUAAGAGGAAUAAGAAGCUGAGAGAAGGCAGGGAGAACAAAAGUACUGAACAGGCAGCUCAAAGUCAAGACGUCGAAGAUCCUGCGAAACAUGGCAGCAGCAAAACCGAGACCAACGACAAACAAGGAGCCAAGGUGCCUUCCGGAGAGAGUAGCUCCUUCGAGAACACCAGGAAGAUCUUCGAGAAGAAGUCCGUGGACCCUGCUCAAUCCGAAUACGUCUACACCAUUCCAGGAUGUAACAACAAGUACAUAUCACCCAGGAAGCACUGGCUCGUAGAUGACGUUCACGGCGACAUAUCCAGCAGCAAUCAUUUCCGAGAGGAACGCGAUGGCUUCUCAAAUACACGUGGUGACGUGAAACAGGCUUCACUGAAUUCCGCCUUGGAUGACCGGUACAAGCGUUCCCGAAAGAAGGGUGGCAUCCGCUCCAUGCUGAGACUCGGAAAGAACCGGAAGUCACUGAAUUUCGGUGACAAUAUCGAGGCGCGCCAUGAGUCGAAUAAUUAUUGUAGUGGAACGAUCAAUUACAUUGCAUAAUAAGAAACCUGGACUUUAGUAGAGUAGGGAUGACGUUCAGCAUACAAAUAAAUUCUAUGCAUACAUAUUUAUAUAGAUAUACGAUUAGGUAUAUGUAUAUUUAUAUGUAGGAGCUGUUCCAAAGUGCCUUAUAUCCGCAAGAGAAGUAAUAACUAUAAACAAUUCUGUAUAUAUAAUUUUGUACUUGUCCUUUUUAUCCAGUGCCGACUACUUAUGUAUUUACUCGAUAAUAAAUCUUGCACGAAUUGCAAUUCACGUAUAGCCGUAA